CAUGACCAUGGAACUGCUGUUGGAUACAUAGAUAUAUUGCUUGCUUUCAAAGUUAUCUAGCUAACUGACCGGUAUUGUCAGCCUUCUACAACUGGCUGCUAGUUUUUAUUUAUUUUAUUUUUUUGCUCUCAGUGUCAUUUUUUAGCGCAUCGCGGGAGGAUUGUAUGUCUUUGCUUAUUCGGUGAAUAAUCCUUGGAAGGUCUUUGUACAACGCCACGUCCAUCGACUUAGGAGCAAGCUCUGUGAAAAGUAGCCUACAUUAUAAACCUCCACGAAAAUGGCAUAAUUAUUUCCGUAGGAAUAAUACAGCUGGUCACAUUCGAUAUCUUUAGGUGUUUUUUUUUUUUCUUCUUUAUCAGUUUUCCUAUUUCCUUCCGAAGCCAUCUGAUGUCCACAGGAGGAAGCAAUGUAGCGUUUUCCCCUCUUACCUUUUCUCCGCGCUCUUGCUUUUUUCGCAUCAAAACGCAAAUUUGCAAGUGAAAAACCCAGUGUAACCAUCACGUCAUUGACGUGCACAGAUACUGAAUGGGGCAUCUUGUAAAUAAUAAAUUGGGUUAUGGUCACGUGGCAAAGCAAAUGAACGAUUCCAGAAGAUUUUGCAUUGCUGAUCAUCCUUGCCUUUGCGUGCCCCGUCCGGGUAGUCGCCAAUACAGUAUCGGAAAUCGAGCUUUAAAAGCCACCGUAAUCUACUGGGCUAAUCCUCAAAAGCUGUUCGCUGAUUGACCCUCGCGUCGUUUGAUUGUGGAUGAGCGAUCGUAAUUACAACGGAGGCCUCGCGUCCCACGAAUCAGACACCACUUCAUUACCGGAGACACCUGCGCUGAGGAUUUGAAAACCACCCAGACGCCAACGGACAUCACGCACAGCUCACGCCAGGAUCAAUCAAACGAGCCCGGUCCCUGGCGCCAUGCGGACUCGAGCUAACGCUAACGCAGACCCCCUGUGAGUGACGGACAGGCGAGAGCUGCUUACUCCUGCCCCGCCCCUGCCUCCCGCUUUCUGCGCUCCGCCGAGCAAGAGGGGUCUCCCGCGCUGCCUGCAGGGACUCUACGGGCCUUGCUCCCGCCCCGCUCCGCCCCGCCCCAUCCACCCCCAAGCCCCGCCCCAUCCUCCUCCUCCGCCUUCUCUGACCAGGGCCCAAGAUGAGCAGGGUUUUUGCCAAGAUGGACCCCCGGCGGAUCCACUGGGGGGCCACGUGGUACGCCUUCCGCUCGCGCGUGCUGCGCACCAAGCCCGUGGAGUCCAUGCUGGACGGCGCCGGGGGCGGGACCGGCCCCCACGGCACCAAGCUGGCGCGGGUGCUGACCACCGUGGACCUGGUGUCGCUCGGGGUGGGCAGCUGCGUGGGCACCGGCAUGUACGUGGUGUCCGGGCUCGUCGCCAAGGAGAUGGCGGGCCCCGGAGUCAUCGUCUCCUUCAUCAUCGCCGCCGUGGCUUCCAUCCUGUCAGGGGUGUGCUACGCGGAGUUUGGCGUGCGCGUGCCCAAGACCACGGGCUCGGCCUACACCUACAGCUACGUGACGGUGGGCGAGUUCGUGGCCUUCUUCAUCGGCUGGAACCUGAUCCUGGAGUACCUGAUCGGCACGGCGGCGGGGGCCAGCGCCCUCAGCAGCAUGUUCGACUCGCUGGCCAACCACAGCAUCAGCGGCUUCAUGAUCCAGCACGUGGGCACGCUCAACGGCCUGGGGAAAGGCGAGGAGUCGUACCCAGACUUCCUGGCUUUGGUCAUCGCAGUGCUGGUGACUGUGAUCGUGGCGCUGGGGGUGAAGAACUCGGUGGGCUUCAACAACGUGCUCAACGUCAUCAACCUGGUGGUGUGGGUCUUCAUGAUGAUCGCUGGGAUGUUCUUCGUCAACGGCUCCAACUGGGACGAGGGCCGGUUCCUGCCCUACGGCUGGUCAGGGGUCAUGCAAGGUGCCGCCACCUGCUUCUACGCUUUCAUCGGCUUCGACAUCAUCGCCACCACGGGAGAAGAGGCCAAGAGCCCCAACACCUCCAUCCCCUACGCCAUCACGGCCUCUCUGGUGACCUGCCUGACGGCCUACGUCUCCGUCAGUGUGGUCCUGACCCUGAUGGUCCCCUACACUGAGAUCGACGCCGACGCCCCUCUGAUGGAGAUGUUCACCCUGCACGGCUUCCAGGCUGCCAAGUACGUGGUGGCCAUCGGCUCCAUAGCGGGGCUGACGGUCAGCCUGCUGGGCUCCCUCUUCCCCAUGCCCCGGGUCAUCUACGCCAUGGCAGGGGAUGGCCUGCUCUUCAGGUUCCUGGCUCAUGUGAGCACAUACACGGAGACGCCGGCGGUGGCCUGCGUGGUGUCGGGCUUCAUGGCGUCCCUGCUGGCCCUGCUGGUCAGCCUGCGGGACCUGAUCGAGAUGAUGUCCAUCGGCACCCUCCUGGCCUACACCCUGGUGUCCGUCUGCGUCCUCCUGCUGCGCUACCAGCCCGAGAGCGACAUCCACGGCUUCGUCAACUUCCUGUCCGAGGAGAGCGCCAAGAGGAAGGAGGGCGUGCUGGCCGAGUGCGAGAAGGACGCCUGCUCGCCCGCCAGCGAGGGCGAGGACUACGGGGGCCCGCCCACCAACACCUGCGGCGCCAAGAACCUGCCCUCGCUGGGCGACAACGAGAUGCUCAUCGGCAAGCCCGACAAGUCGGCCUACGGCGCCGGGCACCCCAACUACGGCACGGUGGAGAUGGGCUCGGGCGUGGAGGCGGACGAGUCGGAGAGCGUCUUCCUGCUCAAGCUGAAGAAGCUCCUGGGGCCCCGGUACUACACCCUGCGCAUCCGCCUGGGCCUGCCCGCCAAGAUGGACCGGCCCACGGUCGCCACGGGCCGCACGGUGGCCACCUGCGUCCUGCUCCUCUUCGUGCUCAUCUUCCUCUUCUGCGCCUUCAUCAUCUUCGGGGCGGACUACGUGGCGGGCGGGAGCUGGUGGGCGGCGCUGCUGGUGGUGCUGAUGGUGCUGCUCAUCGCCGCCCUGGUCUUCGUCAUCGUGCAGCAGCCCGAGAACCCCAAGAAGCUGCCCUACAUGGCGCCCUGCGUGCCCUUCGUCCCCGCCUCCGCCAUGCUCGUCAACAUUUACCUCAUGCUCAAGCUCUCCAGCAUCACCUGGAUCCGGUUCACCGUCUGGUGCUUCGUGGGUGUGCUGAUCUACUUCGGCUACGGCAUGUGGAACAGCACCCUGGAGAUCACCGCCCGGGAGGAGGAGGCCCACGCCAGCACGUACCAGCGCUACGACGCCGGCGUGGACGACAGCUUCGCCGUGGACGACGACCUCUACCCGCAGGAUGGCGGGGGCGAGUACCAGGGCUGGGGCGGCGCGGAGGAGGACGGCUACCAGCCGCAGAAGCAGCAGCCGGAGCAGCAGCCGGAGCAGCCGGCGCCGGAGAGCGCCGACGGCAACAGGACCUCCGCUCAGAGCAGCCGGCCGCGGGGCAAAGGCAAAGCCAGCCAGGGCUUCGCCGCCCUGAUCGCGGACGAUGAGCUCGAUUACUCGCCUGAAUGAGAGUGUCUGUGAAUGUAACCCGUCUGUCAAAAGCUGCAGCAAACCUUCUGGGCUAGAAUGUUCACUCUGUUCAUAUCUAGCUUUUAUAUAGCCUUCCUUUAUGUUGAAUUCCUUGCUUUGAUUUUUUUUUGUUUUUUGGACCACUCGUAUUUAUUGUUUGAUGGAUUCAUUUUUAUGGUGAAAUCUGAAAUCCCAAAUAUGAACUCAGUUUCAUUUUCAAAAAUGCAAAAAAGAUCUGUUGAAAUUGAAAACAACCAAAUUACUCGAUGUUUACUAAAUGCAUCCAAUUUACCCAUUUCACAGAAGUGUGGUAAACUGGCACUCUGCCAGGAUUGUACCAGCAGUGACCUGAGUACAGAGGCUCUGAACUGCAGGGUUUUCAGUCUAACUGGUGUUCUGACAUGGUCAGAGUGUCAUUUGCUAAGCCCUCAAGAGAGACAUUACUAUCACAGCAUCAUGAGUAGAUAUGGGUCAGUAGGUGCCAUGUUCUUGUCUUACCAUUCUCAUAGGACGUUGAAAGUAUGGGGUGGGACGAUGCUUCCUGUUAUGACUCGGGAGUUUUGUCCCAAAGCCCUGCCCCUUCCUGUGACAGCUGCUGUAAGGAAAUGUAGCCAGGCCAGCUUUCUGUGCUCAGCCUUCGGUGUCAGUUGAUUCCUGUGAAAAACUGUCUGAUUCUAGGAAAUUUGCUGAAAUCUAGAUCCAAACCCAACCUUACAUAAAUUUAGAACUUUGUAGCUUUAUUUCAUAUUUAAAGUCUGGAUGUUUCAAAGGGGGUCAAACAACUGUUUUAUUUUUUUGGUUUUGACUCCUAUUGACUCCUUUUAUGGCUCCUCGAUUUAUUGUUUUAUUUAUCUCAUAGGCCAAACCCAGGUUUAACAGUCAUAUCUUCUGUCCUUAAAUGGCCAAACCCAUUUCAUGACCUGUUGUGCUUUGGAAAGCCAGUAAAUCUGGCCACACAACUCAUGGGUGGAGGUGAGGACAUGCACUUAAAAACAUAGCUCAGUGCUUCAGAAAGAGCCUUAAAUCCAGGGCAAGGAAAUCAGAGGUCUUUCCUUCAAUCUAAUCUCCGGCUCUCUGACAUUUAGCCCGGUGGAUGGGGUGGGUGGGUGCUUGCAGGGCCGCAAAUAGUAAUUGGACUUUGCUUGCAAUAGUGCCUUCAUCUCCCAGAGUGUGCUUGAGCUUUUAUCAUCAGCAGCGAAUCCAUCCACGUUUUCUAACACACUGUCAGGAGUGGGAGGAGCUUAGGGCCAUCCAUCAGGUCUUCUUUUUGUACUCGGUUUUUGCUUGUGCUGCUGUUGUCUGUCAUCUUCGCUUCACCAUAGCGACGGCCUUGGAUUUGCCCCAUUGGCCAUCUCGGAAAGCAGGCUGAUCCGUGAACACAAUAUUACACUGUAACUGGUGGGUUGUUUUGUUUGUUUGCUUGUUUUCUGGCUUGUCGGUGUCCGUUGAGAAGUGCGAGACCGAAAAAAGAAGUAUACGUACACCUGUGGAGUAAACAAAGUCAAUGCAUGAACGGGAAGCCCCCUGUCGCUUGUGAUGAAUGCUUCUGUCUGGAGUGUGGUGUUCUGCUCUUCUGGUGUUUUGCCGUUUCCUCUCUCUCCUCUGUGACUCAGGUGUUGUCAGGUGACUCCGGUAACCGGUUCCGACUCGUUUCUGCCUAUCGCUCGACCGUCCGGGUCCAAAAGGACCAAACAAGGCCCCCGCGGCAGCUCACAAAAACUUGUCCUGCUAAGAGAAGUUUUGUCUGUAAAAUGGAGUAAUUCCAUUCCGCCAUGUCUGCACUUCCAGUGCCCUCCCACUUUCCCCUGCUCCCUUAGGAUCUUCAUCCAAAGCCAAAUGUAAGGGUGACAUAGCUGCUUUUGACCGUCUGAAUGAAGAUGCGUUCUACCUGUUAGAAAUCCUCACAAAUUCUGCCAAAAAGAAAAGCAGGCUUUGUAUCUGCGAGCGAAUGUAGUCAGCAGAAGCCAUGCCUGUUAGGAGGGAAACAAUGCAGCGUCUCUUAAGUUUAUGUCAGCGGGGAUCCAACCAUCUUCAGCACCUCUGUUUACCGCACCUGCAGGCUUUUAUUGGUAGGGUGCUGCCGGGGGGGGCCUCGUUCGGUACAAGAUUAAUGGUGUUUGGUAUGGCCGCCUGUGUGUAAAGUGGAAGCUUGUUUGACUCUCUUGCAUGUUGAGACACAGGGGUCCCGGAGUAGAGUGUUGUCGAGUAUUUGCAUGUGCGGUGACCACGACGAGACAUAUUACAGCUAUAAAAUGUAGCAAUUUGGGGGGGCGGGGCGGGGGGGCUGAGAGACAGGUAGGGACGACCCUUGACGCUGUUCUGUACCUAACCCCGCCCCCUUCUACUGCAGCCUUCUGUUUACAAAGCAAGCCAAAGUUUGCGACAUUUGUUUACUUUAUCAACGAAACGAAAGUGACCAUUAGACUUCAGUAGAAUGGAGUGAGCUAAAAGAAGAUAAAGUAUUUUUUUAACUGGUGUUUUCGUAACUGUGGGUUCUCCAAUGUUUUCUGCUUGAGUGGGGGGUUUCUCGUCAGUCUCAACUCCCCUUUGCUUACCACAGCCACAGAGACUGGCCUCCACAAAGCAGCGAAGCCCUGUAUUUUUAAAAGGAGUCGACUCGGGGCUCAGCUGAAGGCUCUACUCUUUCCUUUCGAAUGAGGGAACCUAGAUUUAGAUUACGGUACAAAAUAGCGUAGAGAGGAUAAGCAUAAAAGAGCUAUUUUAUUACAGAAUUAUAAGGAAAAAAUAAUGAAAACAAAUGUUGCCACUAUUGCUUUUAAAGUCAGCUACUAUUUGUUUUGGUUUUUUUUUUUUGUGUGUGUCUUGGAAGAAAAUGAAAAGCAUAGCUUUUGUGUUCUUGUAAACUAUCUUCCUAGCUGUCGCUAUGGUUUAUUUGGUCUUUGUAUGGGCAAUGUUAAAGACUGGCUUCCCCCUGAAAAUUUGUUGUUUUUGCUGUAAAUUGUGCAUUUCUGAUAUGAAGUUGCUGUGUUCUGGUUUGUUUAUAUUUUUAAUGUGUGGUCAUGCCCUUCUGGUGCACUGUGUAAUGACUUGUUGAUAUUGCCUCCAUGCAACAAAUGAAAGUUAUUUAUUGCA